UAUAAAACUUGAUAUUUUGAACAACCUUUUCCUAUUCAUUACGCAGAAUAUAUUGUAAGAGUAGCAAACGUUUGUUACAAAUAUCUCGAAAACUAAAGCCGAGAGGCAGUGAUAUGUAUAGAAAAGAAAAUUUGUUCAUAAUAUCAAGUUUUACAAUAUAUUCAAAUUUAAUUAAAGUCUUUUUCUAUAUAAUUAUUAGCCAACCCAUAUCUAAGAUUGAAAAUCAUGAGAAGGUGGCUAAAGCAUUUAGACCUUCUGUCAUUUUUGUGCAGGCCAAACGGUAAGAAUUAUCGAAAAAAUUCUUGCACCAUUGUGUUUAGUGGGUCAAAAUCUCAAAUUUUAUGCCUCUUCCGGUCUGACCGGGGUUGGCUUUAGAGCGAAUCUCGCUCUACUUUUACCUAGUUCUUUCUUUUGAUUGUAGUGUUUCGGGCAAUAGAAAUAAUUCAUUUAAAUAAUAUAAAAUAUUACAUGUUAUUCUCAAAUACUUUAAAACUACCCUUUCUAAAAUGUUUAAAAACAUAAACACGAAUUGUAUUCCACUUCUUUGUAUCGAAAAUCUAAUAACAUCAUUUGAAAGCCACCCUAUAGCAACCCUCCAUCCGAUCAAGAGGGUAAAUCGCGAGCGAGAGUCGUAUGGGUGGUCCCUACUGCCUAAGAGCGGUGGGGGUACGCGAGGCGGGUCGGUAGGCGCGGCUCGAAUCAGGACGAGGAAACUUAGCUGUGGCGGCAGAGUCCUUAGUCUCCACUGAGACGCCGCACGGCGCAGUUGAACGCGCGAAAUUUCGUGCUCGAUCGUUGCGAAUUAGCUUCCUGUGUGAAAUUACGUUGUUAUCGUUGGUGUGUUGAUCAUAAGUUUCUCGUGUCAUCGGUGAACUGACCGGGGAGAUUGCAAAAUGAUGCACACAAUGAGCGAACACACCGGAGGAACCGGAGGGUUCGGUGUCAGCGUUCUACCCUUUGACGGAAUGGGUUUGUUCGAGCAACAGCGUCCGAGGUUCCUCUUCAAGAUGCCUCGAGUGGUUCCUGAUCAAAAGGCAAAGUUCGAGACAGAGGAACUGUUCAGGAGAUUGAGCAGAGAAAGUGAAGUCAGAUAUACCGGUUACCGGGACAGACCAGUCGAGGAACGUCAGGUACGCUUUCAAAAUGGUUGUCGAGAUGGUUACACGGAGAUCGCGUUCGCAGCAACCGGUACAAACCUUCAACUCGUUUUCGGCAACGCAUCCGGGAACUACGCCGGUGACAUCAACGACUGCGAUUUUGAGAAAGAGCGCGGCAAGGUGCACCUUAGGUCGCGCCUGAUCAUGAACGGGGUGUGCGUAUUAUGGCGAGGAUGGAUCGACCUGGAGCGACUGGACGGCGUCGGAUGUCUGGAAUAUGACGAGAAACGUGCCGCCGAGGAGGAUGCUCUCCUUCGCGAUCAAUUGGAACGGUACAAGCAACGCGUUCGCGAUUUCGACGAGAAGCAAAGAGCGUACAGAAGCGGCGCCGCUCAACCGCCUCACUUGAACCACCACCAUCAUCACCAUCAUCACCAUCACGGUCAUCACGGACACCACGUGACAGGAACCGGAACUGGAACGCCGAGCACGAUCGAGCCACAUUUGACCCAUCGACAGGAUUCCGAGAUGGAAGUGAGACAAAGAGUUUACUGAGGCAGUGAAAACUCUCGGAACUUUUUUCAGUUUCGACUGUUUCCUAAUCACCUUCGAGCCGUUCGCGAGCUGGCUGGAGGAAGCCACGAGAGAAUCGCUGAGAGGAAUCUCGACGAGGUUGCUGAAAGAUUCAGGUCGUUCGGAGAGUAGUUUUUUCGGGUGCUUUUAGGAUUUUCUUUUCGAACCUCUCUUGAGAAAUUGUGUGAGUUGCAGUUCCAGAUAACUGCUCAUGGUUGAGUUAGGAAUCUUGGCGAUACAAGGCUUAUGACAAAUUUUGAUUUUGCUAAUUGGUAAUUAUGUUAAUUUUGCGUAAUCGAGAAGGUUUCAUUAUUUUCUCCAACCCAUGCUUGGAAUUAUUCAUCAGAUUUCUCUGCCCAUUAAAACGUAUCAUCCCCGACGACGACGAGUUUUAUAAUUCGACAAAUACGUGUAAGGUAUCCUCGAGAUUAGGCUAGGUUUUAAGUUAAGCACGUUCAUCUUUCUCGCUGGUAUCGUUCAACGAGGACACGCGAUAGAUCUCUUCGAGCUGCAGCGACGAGGAUUGUUUCUCUGCAAGGUGUUUGCUUUUGGACGAGAUAUUACGUUCUUUUUGUUCUUUGUAUCAGCUUUCUUUCAGGUACGGAGUAAGGGUGGAAUAAGGUAAGAAUGGACUUGGAUGAAAACUCAGUCUAAUUUGUUUCAGCUUGUUUAAAAUACUUCUUUUUUUAUUAUUAAAAAUGGUUCAGCUAACAAGUUGAUAACAAAUUACAUAUAAUUCAAGUCUGUUCUCAUCGAAACUGUUGAUUUGAUCGUAUAUAUACGUCCACCGCGCGUAUCGAUGAAUCUUCGAGAACGUAUAUAUACGUCCUUUCCAAAUAAACGAGCAUUCUCCUAGACCGUAUAUAUACGUCCACGAAAGAAACGCGAGUUUGUCACUAACGAGACAGAAAAUUGAAAAAGAUAAUUCAUGAAAAUAGUUACGUAUAUAUACGACUUAUCACGUACAUGAAACGAGAAUGUCUUGCGUAUGAGAGUUUUUCAGAAAGGGAAACGUGACGUGAUUUCGAGCAAUGACGUCAGUGUCCGGCGAGAGUAACAAUGAUUCACGAGAAUGCAUACGGAAUUCCGUGGAGUCGUCCACCAAGUUUUUCGUUUUGUUUUUAGCACGGCUGACGAUCUUUCUGUUGCAUUGUACAUAUCUGUAAAGAGUUAGGUUAAUUUAAUAGCGGCCUCCGAGCUUUUUAGUGUGAAUCACAUCCGGGAAAAAGCCCAGAGUCUGUGGAAAUCACGCUCCAUCGAUCUUCGCCGCACCGAUUGUAUAAAGCUGUUUAUCGAUUAAACAUCAUUUCCGUCGAAUAA